AUGGUCUCACAUCAGCGAAAUUUUUAUUAUUUUCUGCCAGCAAACGCCGCUGCUUUCAUUUUACUUUUCGCGCCGUUCACAGCAGCAGCGAUCACCACUGGUUAUUCCAGCUCAAAUACGAGACUCAACCAGGAAUUGGCAGUGAUUUACAAAAGCAGAUCGGCGAUAAAUGACGAAACCUUGACGAAGAAUGUUUGUGCUGGUUGGUGUCAAGCUUACCCGGGUUGCACGGCUUACAGCUAUUAUUUCCGAACUAUUGACAAGUUUGCAGAAUGCAAAAUCGGACCGAGCUCGACUUCGACGCAGCAGCGAACAGGAGCCACGGUUUACUCGAAACUGAGAAUGAAUCUCUUUGGUGGAGAAGCCUGUGAACUUCAGAGACAAUGCAAUACGAGUUCCAUGAUGAGCUGCGUGAACAACGUAUGCACUUGUCCUUCUACUCAUACCCUGGCAAUGGAUGGACAGCAGUGUUUACCACGAUUAACAUUGGGGAUUUCAGACAUGGUGUACAAUGGGUGCGAUCCUGGACGGGUGUUUACGUCCAGUUUGCGAGCUAUGAGCGCAAAUGCUGCUAUCGAAACGAAUCUUAUGGGAUUGUUCUUUUACUCUGACGGCUCGGUUAACUUUGAUGGAUUUGACGUCAUCAUGGCUCCAUUUUGACGGGAUUGUAUGCUCAUGAUUCAAGUUAGUUUUGGAUGGUGGUUAGUCAACCACCAUCCAACAUCGGAAAAUCUUCAAUAUUUUUUUUUGCCGCAUGAACGCAUUAUUUUUGAAGGACGCUUCGGCAAAACGAAGGAAAUUCAAGCCUUUAAUAAAGGUGACGUCACUUUAUUGCGCAAUUAUUUCGAGUUUCGACAUAGAAAAGCCUCUGUGGCAUUGGGGAAAAGCUUUUUGACAGGCGUAGAAAAUGUACAGCACUAGAUGUCACGCGAUGCUCAACUUCAUGGUGUGUGUCCGAUCGAUUCUUGGUUUCCACAG